AAGAGGAAAGUCUGGAUUUGUUUGCCGCGUUUUCUCCUCAUUUGAUGCUUCAUUACAUUCAUCAGAAAACGGGAGCAUCAAUUUCCGAUACUGGGAUCAGAUGGCCGACGGCAAGACUCCAUUACAUUACGUACGGCUGAAGAAGGAUCAAGAAGAUAUCACCCCUGGAGAACUCAAUCAACCCGUUCAAGAUGGAGUUCGAGGCAAAGACGGUGUUGGUGCCAAGAUGGAUUCCAUGGAUUUGGAGAGAGAGAAGGGUAUCACCAUCCAGUCUGCAGCCACUUAUUGCACCUGGAAUGGUUACCAGGUCUGUUGUGUUCUUCCUGCUGGAUUGUUGAUGAAGUCUGCUGGGAUUAACAUAAUUGACACUCCUGGUCAUGUUGAUUUCACCAUUGAAGUUGAGAGGGCUUUUCGAAUCCUUGAUGGUGCUAUUCUUGUCCUCUGUAGUGUUGGGGGUGUUCAAAGUCAGUCCAUCACUGUUGAUCGGCAAAUGAGAAGAUACGAGGUUUCAGGACUUGCAUUUAUUAACAAACUUGAUCGAAUGGGAGCAGACCCAUGGAAAGUUCUGAACCAGGCAAGGUCUAAGCUUCGGCAUCACAGUGCUGCUGUGCAAGUUCCUAUUGGGUUGGAAGAAGAUUUCCAGGGCGUUGUUGACCUUGUGAAGUUAAAAGCGUAUUAUUUUCAUGGUUCCAAUGGUUCUGUUCCAAAAUCUCUGGGGGAAAAAGUUGUAACUGCUGAAAUACCAGCCAACAUGGAGGCCCUGGUUUCAGAAAAGAGGCAUGAACUAAUAGAAAUAGUUUCCGAGGAAGCAAUUCACAGGGCAACUGUAGCACGAAAGUUUAUACCUGUAUUCAUGGGCAGUGCAUUCAAAAACAAGGGUGUACAACCAGUACUCAAUGGUGUCCUCAGUUACUUGCCUUGUCCAGUUGAAGUCAGCAACUAUGCUCUUGAUCAAACAAAAGAUGAAGAGAAGGUUAUGUUGUCUGGGAGCCCAGAUGGACCUCUUGUGGCAUUAGCUUUUAAGUUGGAGGAAGGGCGGUUUGGUCAGUUGACAUACCUAAGAAUCUAUGAGGGUGUGAUUCGAAAGGGUGAUUUCAUUGUGAACGUAAACACUGGCAAGAAAAUUAAGGUGAGUUAAAGGCAACUAAAGGCUAAGCACUUUAUUAAUGCAAGGGUCCUAAAUUAUGCUUGGCCCAACUUCUUAUUUUCUUAAUGCUAUACCUUUCUGGCAGGUGCCUCUGUUGGUUCGGAUGCAUUCAGAUGAGAUGGAGAUUAGAUGUUACUUUCAAUUACUAUUUUUAGUUACGAAAAUUGUUGGACCUUUCAAUUUUCUAAAACAUAUUUCAAGUACUUAAAUACAGUCCCAUGUCUUAU